AUGGCUGAUGCCAAUUCACCAACAACAUCUCCACCGUCUGAUUCAUCACAAUCCCCGCCACCUCCCUCACCAGACACCGCAAAUAAUUCAUCACCACCACCACCACCAGCCGCUGAUAAUUCAUCUCCACCACCAUCCUCUCCACCACCAUCGUCACCUCCACCUUCAUCACCUCCACCAUCAUCACCUCCACCAUCAUCUCCACCUCCAUCUUCGCCUCCACCAUCAUCUCCUUCUCCACCUCCACCUUCUGGCUCUUCCCCGUCUCCACCAUCACCGCCUCCACCACCGUCACCAGAAGGCCGCACACCAUCGCCUCCAAACCGGCAAGACUUUUCUUCUCCUCCGCCACCACAUCAUCGUUUGUCACCACCGAAAUCACCUCACUCGAAUAAUCACCAUAAUUCAAAUGAUAAGAAUGGGAACCAGUUGAACACAGGGGCUAUUAUAGGAAUUGCAAGUGGAGCUGGUUUAUUGCUCCUUGUCCUUUCCAUACUACUCAUUGUAUGUUCAAGAAAAAAGAAGAGAUCACAACCUCACCAUCAAUUCUACCCCCCUCAACCCCGCGGUCCUAAUCAAUAUGAGUACAAUAACCGUGAUCACAUACUUAAUAUUCCUCCAACACCAGAUGGUGGUGGAGGUUGGGGUCCACCACCACCUCGACAAUUUAGCAGUGACAUGAGUACCUCGAGUUACUCAGGGUCGCAAGGUCCUGUAUUUCCACCACCACAUCCAACAGUUGCGCUCGGGUUCAAUCAGAGUUCAUUCACAUAUGAUGAGUUAUCCAUUGCUACGGGUGCGUUUGCACAGCAAAAUCUGUUGGGUCAAGGUGGAUUUGGAUAUGUACAUAAAGGUGUUCUUCCUAAUGGUAAAGAAAUAGCAGUGAAGAGCCUAAAAGCAACCAGUGGACAAGGUGAUAGAGAAUUCCAAGCUGAAGUCGAAACUAUCAGCCGUGUCCACCAUCGCUAUCUCGUUUCGCUUGUUGGAUAUUGCAUUUCUGAUGCCAAAAGGCUUCUUGUUUAUGAAUUUGUUCCUAACAAGACCCUUGAAUAUCAUCUUCAUGGAAAGGGUCGACCUGUGAUGGACUGGGGCACAAGGCUUAAAAUCGCGCUUGGAUCAGCUAAAGGACUUGCUUAUUUACAUGAGGAUUGUCAUCCUCGUAUCAUUCACCGAGAUAUAAAGGGUGCAAACAUUUUACUUGAAAACAACUUUGAAGCAAAAGUGGCAGAUUUUGGAUUGGCAAAGUUUAAUCAAGACGCUAACACUCAUGUUUCUACUCGCGUCAUGGGAACAUUUGGGUAUAUGGCUCCUGAGUAUGCAUCGAGCGGUAAGCUAAGUGAUAAAUCGGAUGUCUUCUCAUACGGUAUUAUGCUUUUGGAGCUAAUAACUGGACGACGACCGGUUGGAACGACUGGUGAUGACGAAGAAGAUAGUUUGGUUGAUUGGGCUAGACCACUUUGUACAAAAGCAUUAGAAAAUGGAAUACUUAAUGGAUUGGUCGACAUACGAUUAGAGGACAAUUAUGACAAAAAUGAAAUAACCCGAAUGAUAGCUUGUGCUGCUGCCAGUGUUAGGCAUUCAUCAAAAAGGCGUCCAAAAAUGAGUCAGAUUGUAAGAGUACUGGAGGGAGAUUCUUCACUCGAAGCGCUUCAUCAGGAUGGAGUUAAAGCUGGACAUAGUACUAUGUACAGCAGCGCAAGUGGAGAUUAUGAUGCAGGAGCAUACAGUGCUGACAUGAAAAAGUUCAAGAAAGUAGCAUUUGAAAGCAGCGUAGCAAGCAGCGAGUAUGGUGGGACGAGUGAGUAUGGUCUCAAUCUUUCCGUCUCAAGCAGUGAACAAUCAUCUUCUGAUUAUAGCAGGAGGACAGCAACAGGAACAGGAAGCCGGAUCAACACUCCGUGA